AUGGCAUGGCCAUAUUCAUCUUCAUCUUCCACAUCUUCAUCCAACAAUACACCUCAAGAAAAGCACGAAGUGUUCAUUAGUUUUAGAAGUGAGGACACACGCAAAACUUUCACAAGCCAUCUUAACGGUGCUUUGAAAAGAUUAGAUAUAAAAACUUACAUAGACAACAAUCUCAAAAGUGGUGAUGAAAUACCGAAUUCUCUCGUUAAGGCCAUCGAAGAAGCCAAGCUUUCCAUCGUUGUUUUCUCAAAAAACUACGCGGAGUCGAAAUGGUGUUUGGAAGAACUUAUGAAAAUACUCAAAUGUAAAGAGACGAGAGGACAAGUUGUAGUGCCGGUUUUCUAUGAUACCGAUCCUUCUAAUGUAAGGAAUCAAAGAGGAAGCUAUGCUGAGGCUUUUGCUAAGCAUGAGAGGAAGCUUGAGGAGACAAAGAAGGUGCAAGAAUGGAGGAAUGGUUUGGCAGAAGCUGCUAAUUUUUCUGGUUGGGAUUGCAACGUCAACAGGACAGAAUUGGAGUUGGUUGAAGAAAUUGCAAUGGAUGUUCUUGAAAAGGUGGAUCGAGUUUAUGUUGGUGAUCUUGAUCAUGAGAUUGAUAAGUUAGAGAAACUUGCAAAGCUCCAAAAUGAAUUCUAUCAUAGAAUUAUUACUGUUGAUAAUCUGAACAAGUAUAACGCAACUGUGAAACGUAUUACAGAACUUAAAAUGGAGAGAAGUCUUCGUUUGCUUCGAUUGACACCUGAUUUGCUUUCACAUUUAGAGGGUUUUUCAAACAACAAUAGUUGGUCUCCAUUUUAA